GGGCUAGUAAUGCCGAUACACAGAUACCAUUAUACCAAAGAAAUCUCUAGAGAUAAACACCAUUGUUCAAAUUCAAAAGCCAGAUUUUCGGUAAUUUCUUGUAGUAGAUAUCCAAAAAGAGGAUGGACGGUUUGGUUACCCAUUCAUUCUUAUUCAUUUUCAAUCAAUUCUUUUAUUUUCAAGAAUCACAAUUUCCUUUUAUCCUUGUUAUCUCAAAAUCUUUCGUUUGCAAAUUUAACAUAAAAGUAAAUAUAUUUAACUUUUUCUUUUUAUAAAUCAUAUUUGUCGAUGCCCUUCUGUUGCGUUGACUUGACAGACUCGUGACCUCCAAAGGAGUGCCACCACCGUCGUCGUUGAUGAUGAAGAUUCCGGCUAGUAUUCCGGUAGAAAACCGCCAUUAACCGGCAGAAAAGGUUGCCGAAACGAGCAUUCAGAUUAUUUUACUGAAAUAAGUAAAACUACCGAUGAAGAUGGAACUGGAACCAUGAUGAAGAUGGAGUGAUGAACCAAUGAAGAUGGAGCUGAAUCUUGUGGAUGAAGUGAUCAACCGAAGGGGCGAAUCGUUGAUUUGGGUUGGAAGCAUUGGGGUUGAAUAUGGAGACGAAAGAAAAGAUGAUACAAGUAAGCGUGAAAUUCAAUGGGCGUUGGAUACCAUUGAGCCUCUCUGCUGACACCACCGUCAAAGACCUGAAAUCUGUGCUUCAACCACUCACCAAUCUCCUACCUCGCGGCCAGAAACUCAUCGCUAAAGGCAAAAUUCUUGACGAUCAAAUGAAUUUGAACGGACUCUCUAAGAUACAGCUCAUCGGCUCCCAAGGCCUGCAUCAAGGGAGUGGACCCAUCAUCAAGAAGGAAUCUCCAGAUUUAAGGAAGACCAAUUAUAAUAAUAAUAAGCAAGUGAGCGUUGUCAAGAGCCAAUUCGAAAGAUGGAAGCUGACUGGGGUCAUUUCUCUAUCUGACUCUGGCAUUAAGCUCAUACCUCAAGAUGUUUGGAAUUGUGGAUCUUCAGUAAGAUUCCUUGAUCUCAACUCCAACUCAAUAGAGGAUGUACCAGAGGAUGUAGCUGCUUUGACUUCUUUACAGAAACUUUUCUUGAAUGCAAACUGCAUCACAGAUGAAUCUCUUAGCUGGAAAGGACUCUCGUCGCUCAAAUCUCUCUCCCUUAUGUCUUUGAGCCAUAAUCUUUUGACCACUUUACCCGCUGAUUUGGCUGCCUUAAUCUCCCUGAAGGAGCUUCAUGUUGCACACAACAACUUAACAUCUCUUCCUGAUGAAAUAGGAUUACUGGUUCAUCUUGAGGUUUUAAAAGCCAAUGACAACAGGCUUACUACUAUCACUUCACGCAUAGGGAGCUGCUCUACCCUUGUUGAAGUUGAUUUUUCACAGAAUCUUCUCAUAGAGCUACCAGAAACCCUCAGCAAUUUGACAAAUCUUAAGGCUUUGCAUCUUCACAACAAUGGCCUGAGAUCACUUCCAUCUACGUUGUUAAAAAACUGCACGCAGCUAUCAACCCUUGACCUCCAUGGCACCGAAAUAACAAUGGACAUGCUUAGAGAGUUUGAAGGUUGGGAAAGCUUUGAUGAGCGGCGCGUGCUUAAACAUUCCAAACAGUUGGCAUUUCGGGUUCAAGGAGCCUCGUCUUCUUAUUUCGACGAAGGUGCUGAUAAAAGCUAACAUGGAUGGAUGGCUACGAGGCAAGUGCAGGUUUUAGAUCUUAAUUUCUCUAUGGUUUACAUGAAUAUUUUGGGUGUUUAAAGACUAGAGAUGUAUCACACAUUGUAAUAAUUACUGGAAAAUGAAAAUUCCAUCAUGUAUACGUUUAACAAAUUUUUGAUAACAAGGAUUCAGUUGCCCACAAA